AUGGCGCCCAUAAAAGAGGAAGAAGGGAAGAAAGAUAUUAAAAAGGUUGAAGAAGAAGAAUUAAAUGAAGAAGAUCAACAUUUGAAAGAUGAAUUAGAAUCAUUGGUUGAAAAAUUGUUAGAAUCAAAUUCAUCAUCUGUUUAUGAAGAUAGUUUAAAUCAAUUAAAGAACUAUAUAAAAAAUUCAACAACUUCAUUAACAGCAGUUCCAAAACCAUUAAAAUUCUUAAGACCUCAUUAUGAAAGUUUAACUGAAUUAUAUCAAGAUUGGCAAUCAAACAAAUCAUCAUUAUGUAAUCAAUUGUCCGAUAUUUUAUCAGUAUUAGCAAUGACUUAUGAUAAUGGUAAGAAUGAAUCAUUAAAGUAUAGAUUAUUAUCUGAUGAUAAUACUGUUAAUGAUUGGGGUCAUGAAUAUAUGAGACAUCUCGCUUUAGAAAUUGGUAAUUCAUAUCAAGAAAACUUAGGUACUGAUGAUAAAUAUAUUAAUGAAUUAAUUGAAUUAUCAUUAAAGAUUGUUCAAUAUUUCUUAAAACAUAAUGCUGAAGGUGAUGCAGUAGAUUUAUUAUUAGAAGUUGAACAAAUUGAAAAGUUAAUAGAUUUUGUUGAUGAUUCAACUUUUUCAAGAGUUUGUCUUUAUAUGGUUAGUUGUGUUCCAUAUUUAGCACCUCCAGAUGAUAUUUCAUUUUUAUCAACUGCUUAUUCAAUUUAUUUACAAAACAAUCAAUUAACUCAAGCAUUAACUUUAGCUAUUAAAUUAGAUGAUGAAAAUUUAAUCAAACAAGUAUUUGAAUCAACCACUGAUGAAUUAAUUCAUAAACAAUUAGGUUUCAUAUUAUCUCAACAAAAUAAUGGUUUCAAAUAUCCUGGUGAAAAUGAAGAAGUUCAACAAUGUAUUGCUAAUGUUAAAUUAACUGAAUAUUUCAAAUACUUAACCAAAGAAUUAAAUUUAUUAGAACCAAAAGUCCCCGAAGAUAUUUAUAAAAGUCAUUUAGAGAAUAAUAAAAAUGGUAUUGGUAAUUCAGGUUCAAUUGAUUCUGCUAAACAAAAUUUAGCUGGAAGUUUUGUCAAUUCUUUCUUAAAUUUAGGUUUUGGUAAUGAUAAAUUAGUUCAAACUGAAGAAGAUAAUAAAUCCUGGAUUUUCAAAACCAAAGAUGCAGGUAUUACAAGUACUACUGCUUCUUUAGGUUCAAUUCAUCAAUGGGAUGUUAAUGAAGGUUUACAAGUUUUAGAUAAAUUCACCUAUUCUGAAGAAGAUGAAGUUAAAGCUGGUGCUCUUUUAGGUAUGGGUAUUUUAUCAUCAAAUGUUCAUGAUGAAGUUGAUGCUGCUUUAGCUCUUUUACAAGAAUAUAUCAAUGAUCCAAGAAAGAUUUUACAAAGUUCAGCAAUUAAUGGUUUAGGUAUUGCAUUUGCUGGUACUGCUAAUGAAGAAGUUUUAAGUUUAUUAUUACCUUUAAUUUCAGAUUUAGACAUUCCUUUAGAAAUCAGUUCUUUAGCUUCAUUAGCUUUAGGUCAUGUUUUCGUUGGUACUUGUCAUGGUGAUAUUACUUCAACUAUUUUACAAACUUUAUUAGAAAGAGAUUUCAGUCAAUUAACUAAUAAAUUCAUUACUUUAUUAUCAUUAGGUUUAGGUUUAUUAUACAUGGGUAAAACUGAACAAGUUGAUGAUGUUUUAGGUACUAUUGAUGCUAUUGAACAUCCAAUAAGUAAAACUUUAAAAGUUUUAGUCAAUAUUUGUGCUUAUGCCGGUACAGGUAACGUUUUACAAAUUCAAUCAUUAUUACAAAUGUGUACUGCUAAACCAACAGAUCAAGCAGCCGAAGAAAAGAAAUUGGAACAAAGUGAAGAAGAUACCAAACCUAUCGGGAAUUCCACCACCGCCAAUGAUGUUGAUAUGGAAGAUGCAGGAGAAGGUGAAAUAAAUGAACAAUCAAAUAAUGAAACUAAUGAUGAAGAACCAAAGGAUGAAGUUAAAUCUGAAUCAAAGGAUGAAACUAAAGAAGAAGCUACUGAAGAAGAGGAAGAAGAAGCUGAUGAAAUGUAUAAAGGAUUUGCUGUUUUAGGUUUAGCAUUAAUUGCCAUGGGUGAAGAUAUUGGUCAAGAUAUGGUAUUACGUCAUUUCUCCCACUUAAUGCAUUAUGGUAAUUCAUUAAUCCGUAGAUCAGUUCCAUUAGCUAUUGGUUUAACAUCAACUGCCAAUCCUCAAAUGAAAGUUUUUGAAACUUUAUCAAGAUAUUCUCAUGAUCCUGAUUUAGAAGUUGCACAAAAUGCCAUCUAUUCUAUGGGUAUUGUUGGAACAGGUACUAAUAAUGCCAGAUUAGCUCAAUUAUUAAGACAAUUGGCUUCCUACUAUAUUAAAUCUUCAGAUACUUUAUUCAUGGUUAGAAUUGCUCAAGGUUUAUUACAUUUAGGUAAAGGUACAUUAACUUUAACUCCUUUCAAUAGUGAAAGAACUAUAAUAUCAAAAGUAUCAUUAGCUUCAUUAUUAACUAUAUCGGUAUUAUUAUUAAAUCCUAAAGAUUUCCUUUUAAGUGAUUCCAAUAGUGAAACUACUCAUCAAUUAUUAUACUACUUAACUCCAGCCAUUAAACCAAAAAUGUUAGUCACAGUUGAUGAAAACUUAAAUCCUAUAAAAGUUAAUGUUAGAGUUGGUCAAGCAGUUGAUGUUGUUGGACAAGCUGGUAAGCCAAAAACUAUUACUGGAUGGGUUACUCAAUCAACACCAGUUUUAUUGAAUUAUGGUGAAAGAGCUGAAUUAGAAAAUACCGAUGAAUGGAUAAGUUUAACUAAUUCAUUAGAAGGUAUUGUUAUAUUGAGAAAGAAUCCAGAAUUUAUGGAAGUAGAUAAUUAA